UGUGCCAAUAUCACUGAACUGUCUACCAUAUAUGGUGUAACCAUUCAUUCAAGUUCCGAAUGUGUGUGCUGAUCGGGGUACACGCGGUUUCGUAAACCGCGUGUAUAUUGGUGCGCGCGCAGGCACGCGUUAAUCGUAGGAUCCCCGGCUACAUGUGCAAAGGUACAUCAGAAAAACGACAAGGAGGGAGGACGUUGUGGAUGGAGUUCGGUGAAAGGGGGCAAAAGAACGGCGGGGCAUAGGAGAGAAAUAGAAUGCUGAAGGAUAAGGGCGAUGGAGAGGGAAGGCGAUAGUUGAUCUCUGACGCACACAUGUUGCAUCCACACAACGCGAAGGGCUCUCUUCUCAUGGGCCAGUCGGUACUCCACGAGAACAGAGCGCAUCGACACAGUACGACGAUCGCGCUCGCGGGAAGAACGACUUUUGGCGCUCUCUAAAUCGAUACAUGCUCAGCAUUCCAAUUCGAAAAUUAGCACGCGCGCAACGUGAUUUGAUUGGACGGGAAUCGCAUUGUUACGCGCACUGUUACUUCUAUCGGCGACCACGAUUGUGAAUAAAUCCAAUCUAUCGGGAUAAGAAAAAAUCAACAUGGCACAUCCGAAAAGGUGGAAGAACUGCAUGUCAGAGAAUAUACUGACAGUGCUUACGAUAGCCGCAGUCGUAGUCGGUGUUAUAAUUGGAUUCAUCUUAAGGAAUAUCAGAGAGGAACCAUGGACGAAACGCGAAAUUAUGUACAUUCAGUUUCCAGGAGAUAUUUUCCUUCGAAUGCUAAAGGCCCUUAUACUGCCCCUGAUCGUCGCCAGUAUUAUCAGCGCCAUCGGUGGUUUGGAUCUCAGUCUAUCCGGAAGGGUCGGCAUAAGAUCGAUUUAUUAUUAUGCAUCAACAACGAUAUCUGCCGUAAUUCUUGGUAUAAUUUUGGUCUUGAUAAUUAGACCUGGAGAAUUCAGUACACAUGGGCUAGUUACAAAGGAAACUGCAACACCAACCAGAGAUGUUACAACUACAGAUACAAUAUUAGAUCUGAUCAGGAAUGUGUUUCCACCAAAUCUUGUACAGGCCUGCAUUGCUCAGGUAUUAAGUAUACAAGACUGGAACAUAAGUCAUGAAUAUGGGGAUGGUACAAAUACUCUGGGUAUGGUUGUGUUUGGAAUUGUAUUUGGAAUAGCUCUCAGUAAAAUGGGUGAUCUUGGAAAACCCCUUUUAACUUUCUUUGACACCUUAUCUGAAGCAACAAUGCUUAUUACCAAAUGGGUUAUAUGGGUAUCUCCAAUUGGGGUGCUAUUUCUUGUUACUUCAAAGCUCUUAGAAAUUGAGGAUGUUGGUGCUAUUGUUGGACAAUUAGGUUUAUAUUUCGUUACAGUAUUACUAGGUUUGAUUAUUCAUGGUUUUGGAACCCUUUCGAUUAUAUUCUUUAUUUGUACCAGAGAAUUACCAUUUAAAAUGCUAGGAAAGAUGGGUCAAGUUUUGGCCACAGCAUUCGGUACUUCAUCAAGCACGGCUACAUUGCCAGUAACAAUACAAUGUUUAGAUAAUAUGGGUGUCGAUCCGAGAAUUACAAGAUUCGUUGUCCCGAUUGGUGCUACCAUUAAUAUGGAUGGUACUGCAUUGUAUGAAGCUGUUGCUGCAAUUUUUAUAGCUCAAGUUAGAAAUGUUCCGCUGUCUCUCGGCAAUGUCAUUGGUGUUAGUAUAACGGCAACUGCAGCGAGUAUAGGAGCUGCUGGCAUCCCACAAGCUGGUCUUGUUACAAUGGUCAUGGUACUAGAUACUGUAGGUCUACCUGCUGAAGAUGUAACACUUAUCAUUGCGGUAGAUUGGCUUUUGGAUCGUUUCCGAACAACGGUAAAUGUUCUGUGCGAUGCACUCGGGGCUUACGUCGUUGAACAUAUGAGCAAAAAAGAUCUUGAAGCAAGUGCAAACAUUCCAGAAGAAACAAUAGAACUAGCAAGAGUGAGGAAAGCGGAAGCAUAAUUUAUUCGUUUUCUUGUUAUAAUGUUGCCAUGAUAUUAUAUGAAUGCAAUUUUACGGUGUUCAUAAUAUUUUUUUGUAUACUUUAUAGUCAAUAAUUUGUACUAAUGUAUACUCAUGCUGACUCAAAUUUUAUUUUAU